AUGGCCAUAAGGCGAUUCAUAUGCCGACGAGGGGCUCCACUUGAGUUCUUUUCCGAUAAUGGUACCAAUUUACGCGGAGCUAGCAAGGAGCUAGUUAAUACUGUUCAUGAAAUCGGAAUCGAUUGUGCCGAAGAACUAACAAGUGCAAAAACUAAAUGGACUUUCAACCCACCAGCUGCUCCCCAUAUGGGCGGAGUAUGGGAGCGUCUAGUUCGCUCAGUUAAAGAUAUGUUGAUUGUGUUCAACGACGGUGGAAGGUUGACUGAUGAAACGUUACUAACUUCAUUAAUCGAAGCUGAGGACAUAAUUAAUUCGCGUCCUCUUACUUGUGUAUCUCAAGAGUGUGUAGAUGCGCUCACUCCUAACCAUUUUUUACGAGGAGUUACUUUCAACGAUACUUUCGCUACUCCAAGUAUCCCGAAUGCUGCGGAAGCUCUCCGAGACACGUAUAAGCGAUCCCAACAGCUCGCGACUGAGCUAUGGAAACGUUGGAUUAAAGAAUACAUUCCGUCGAUAAACCAACGCAGUAAGUGGUUCGAAGAAUCGAGGCCUCUGAGGGUAGGAGACCUGGUCUACGUAGUUGAAGGCAGCAACAGGAAGUCUUGGAUUCGCGGUAUAGUUGAGGAGGUUAUCUUGGCACGUGAUGGACGAAUUCGUCAGGCAUGGGUUCGCACCAAAAGUGGCCUAUACAAAAGAGCAACAACGAAUCUAGCUGUACUAGAGAUAGGUUCUGGUAACCCUGAACCGAACAGUGAUUCCGGAUCAGAAUUACGGGCCGGGGAAUUGUAA